GUUUCCCAUUUGAAAAUGCUUUACUCACAUUUUGGUUUGAAAAAGGAUGACGUUACAGAUAAUGAAAUCAGUAUGUUGUAGGAUAAUGAUAAUAGGCCUAAUAAUAAUAAUAAUAAUAAUGAUAAUAAAACAUAUUUAUAAUACAGUGCUUCCUUUUUGUAUUCAUGAAUACAAAAGCAGCUUAAAUGUCAAUACCAUGGCUGGCUCCUUCCACAAUCCUCCCCUUCGCCUCGCUUAGUGUAAACCUUUGUGUAACAAAAUUAGAACAACUCUGUGGCUCCCAUCAAAUAUUAAUGGGCAUAGCAGCGAGGGGCAGCACUUUUCAAAAUGUCUAUUCCAGCGGCGCUACUUGUUCUCGGGCGCUGUGUCAAAAACAAUAUUCCAGCUCAUUUCGGUGGACGCUCAGGGGGCGAUGAGAAGGGGACAUUGUGCGCGUAAGAGAUCACGGUUGCUCACAGAAACCGCCUCGUGUCUGAUUUCAAUGACAGCCCAGCGUUGGAAGAAUUAUUCCAAAUGCCAGUCAGAUGGGUAGCUAGGCUGGGUGCUCAGACUCUGGGUGGAAACAAUUGUGCAUCAUCAUCAUAGUAAAAAACGAACUAUUAGCAUUACGCACAGCUCUAAUACACGUAAAUAGGCUACAAAUAGAUUAGCAGUAACACUUGUAAGUAGCAUGUAAUGGUAGCAACAGUGGGUUAUGAGGCUUCUAUAAUAGCAUCAGUAUAAUACUAUUGCAAAUGUUCUAUAUUACCCUCCCUGCCUUAGCUAGAGGUUGAAAGCUGAAAGUGGGCCCUUUGUUUGAAUGGCACUUCGGUUCGAUUCUAUAGGAUAGGCUAUUGCACUUCAAAACCUUUCAACAACCUGCAACUGAUUCACGGCGUCCAUAUUGUAUAUGUAUAUCUUUAUAGGGCUCUAUGUAUGUAUGCAGUAAGUGUGUCGGAUUAUUGUUUAUCAUUUGUGUCCCAUACAAGGUCGUUAGAAUCCCACGCAUAGGAGACGAGGCAGCAAGAGCGCAUCUUCCCGCUCAACAGCGUUGGGAACAAUACAAAUAUAUGGCUGCCAUAUUGAGCCCUUCUCUCACAAAAAGGCGCGACCCUCCAAUAAUACACCAUUCAUAAGCAUAGUCCCUUUUCUCCGGAAUAUUCUCUCGCUUAACUCUAACUAUUCGUUUUGUAGUGCUAUAGCAAAAAUAUCGAGAUAAAUGUAUUUCCAUCCGUUUUUAUAUUUACAUAAAGAAAACGGUGGCUUUAUAAUACUAGUAUUUUGGAGCUAGCUUAAAUUCGAUUGUUGCACUUUGUUUUUACAAUUAUAGAUACAAAUAGAUAUAAAUAGAUAAUGCUUACCACACUCAUUGUAGUAUAAAAACAAUAAUGGAACCUUUAUGUAAAAUAGCAUGCAUGGUACAUAACACUGCAGGCGAUAAAAGAUUCACUAGAACACGACACUUUUCCUGUGGACAAAGAACAAAAGACGUACCAUUAAUAAUUCAUUUACGCGUAAAUAAGUAACACAUGUAUCCACCAAAUAAUAGCCUGGACAAAAGGUCCACAAAACGCCAUGGGAUUGUUUUAAUAUAUCCAAACAAUAGAUAAUUGUUCCAUCUAAAGCCUGUCCUUACCUCGAUCUAACUUAGCUCUAUAUUUGCAAUAUUUUUCAUUGUAAACAAAUAUCGAAAGCAUUAGGUUAACUUUUACGCAAUGGAAAUCUAACCAUCUAUCAUAUCUUGCACUUAUCCAAAUGCCUGUAAAACAUAAGCGUAAUAUGUGUCCUCUUUAUUUCAGUCACAUUGACCACCCUUAGCCAUAAUAUUAAGCAGAAAUUUUACAUAAUAGCUUACGAGGAGCCUAAUACAAUUUCGAUAUAAUGUUACUCAAUGACUUGCCCAAAAGCUACACAAUAAUGUAGCUCCUCAAACCAUCUAUUAUAACCAGGUGAAAAUACAGCUAAAAUAUCAAUCUAGUGGUCAGAUUAGUCUUAAACUUGAGUCUUAAAGUUGAAAAUAAUAGAUGUUAUUUCCCCCAAGUUAUAUUACUUCUAUUAUUAUUAUUAUCCUUGUGAGUAGUCUAUUUCAAACUCCUAAUUGUGUUCAGAGGGCCAGGUAGGUAUUGGUUGGCCAGGUAGGUAUUUCCCCGGCCUUCAGUAAUGCAGGAAUGAUUACCCCUUCGGAAAUAAAUCAAUAUGAAGCCCCGCGCUAAUUUAUAAUGAUCUGCAAGAGCAGCAAUUCAAAGGCGCAUGAAAAAUGACCGGUGAAACCGUAUCCAGAAGCUGCAAGGAGAAUUUUCACCCGGUUGAAGAGCUUGCAGGAGAGCGAUAAGAGUACUAAGCCGGAAAUGUUCAGAAGAAAGGCAAGGUUUUUCAUGCAGGACUAAAAAUAACUCGGAUACUAUCGUGGCACAUUUGCAUCAGUAUAAUUGAAUUUCCCACUAUUCGUGUGGGUACCUCUCCCUCCCUCUCCCUACCUUCUAUCUCCUUCUCUCUCCCCCUUUCUUUCUAUCCCUCUCUCAAUUUAUUUCUCUCUCUCACUGUGCGCGUGUGUGUGUUUGUGUGUGUUUGUCUGUGCGUGUGUGUGUUUCUUUGUGUUGUCUGAGCGUAGGCAGAUAACACUCAGACGCACAAAAGAAUCGACCAAGAAACAAAGCCAAGUGCAUCCGACUUAGUCACAAAUUCUAAAACGUAAUAAUCUACAUUUACAAACGUUAGUGCAGUAAAAACAGUCCCAGGGUGAGAGCUUUUAAACACAUCAACAUAGAGGUAAUUUAUUUUCAUAUCCCCUUACUAGCCCUCUGCUAUGACGCACGCCUAUUUCAUUCGUGAAGAACAUACUAUCCGCUAUCCGCCAACCAUCCCCAGCCUAAAAAUGAAUUUAACUCUGGCAAUAAAAUGGCAGUAUCGGAAUGAGGUUGACCACGUUCACCCCUGCAGAAGCCCGCAGGUUGUAAUCGCCAUAUGGCCCGCGUGUCGGCCUCGCAGCCGUGCAGUCAGAUCCCUAUUGGACAGACGAACCCCUUUGCCUUCUCCACCCUGUGUGUCCUGUCAGUCCACUGGUUCAGUAGUUCACCUUGUCAAUCCACCCCGCUCCAUGCAAGCAGCUAUAGGCGGAAAAAAAGAGGCAGAGGGUAGAGGUGGAAUCUAUCGCCUGCUGCUGACUGCUAAGCCCGAAGGAAUCGCAUGCAGGGUUCGAAGAGUUCGGAAGUGCAAAGGGGGGCUCCGUGUUCGGGAGUGCUCGGGCUCGGAAGACCCGCUCGUGUUGAUGGGUGCGCGCGCGCAUGUGUUGUGAGCAGUCCGUCCUGCUCGCGGUUGAGGAUAUAUAGCUUUCCAAAGCCGCCAUGUAGACUUCCUUUUUUGUUUUGUUUAGUGGAAAGAUAUCAUUACCAAAUUACGCACAACGCAUCCAAGGUCACCAAAAAGCAAAAAAAAAAGAUAUAUUCCAGGCGCGUCUACAAUAGAUAAUCCCUCAAACGCUGGCCAAGCUUGGCUCGUGAGACCCAGAGAAGUGCUGGAAGUCAGUUCCCUCAAGCCUUCAGGAAGCUGUAUUCUUGCAUAAAAUCCAGUGAUAAGAAACAACAUAAUCCCGGUCAGCUUCCAAGAGGCCUUUGGAAAGAGACCGUCACGUGACAUCUGGUGCCAAUGUUCUUCCAGAAGGUCGUCAGGACCCUGGUAGCCGGUAACUCCACUUUUGGAAAUGCAGAAAACGACCUACUACGACAACUCGACGCUUUUCGGAGGUUACUCGUACCAAGGGGCCAACGGCUUUGGCUAUGAUGCUCCUCAACCGGCCUUCCAGUCCACGGCUCACCUCGAAGGCGACUACCAGAGGUCGGCCUGCUCGCUGCAGUCCCUCGGUGGCAACAGCGCUCCUCCCCAGCAGCAUGCCAAGACGAAAGAGCUGAAUGGCAGCUGCAUGCGGCCCAGCCUGCCACCUGAACACCAACCACCACCCCAGGUGUCCCCUCCGGUCAACCCCGCCAACGCCACCAGCAGCAGUGCCACCGCCACCAGCAGCAGUGCCACCGCGCAGCAGCCGGGAGGCAGCGGUGGGGCCGCCAAAUCAGCGCCCAAGACGUACACUCUGUCCAACAACCCCACCCUCAACAAGCAGAUCUUCCCCUGGAUGAAAGAGUCGAGGCAGAAUACUAAGCAAAAAAACACCUCUCCAAGCGCAAGCUCAGCUAACGCAGAGAGCAGCGGAGGUGAAAAAAGCCCCCCGGGUUCCGCAGCCUCCAAGAGAGCGCGCACCGCGUACACGAGCGCGCAGCUGGUGGAGCUAGAAAAGGAGUUCCAUUUCAACCGUUACCUGUGUAGGCCUCGCCGCGUGGAAAUGGCCAACUUGCUCAACCUCAGCGAGCGCCAGAUCAAGAUUUGGUUCCAGAACCGGCGUAUGAAGUACAAAAAGGAUCAGAAAUGUAAAGGGCUGGGCUCGUCAUCAGGGGGGCCCUCUCCCACCGGAAGCCCACCCCUACCCAUGCAGUCCUCAGCUGGCUUCAUGAACUCCAUGCAUUCAAUGGCAGGCAACUACGAUGCCCCCUCCCCGCCAUCUUUUAACAAGUCCCAUCAAAACGCAUAUGCCAUGUCCUCAGCCUACCAAAACCCCAUGAAAAACUGCCCCUCCCAACAGAAGUAUGCCAACACAGCACCAGAAUACGACCCGCACGGGCUACAGGGUAACAGUGGCAACUAUGGGACUCCCAACAUGCAGGGCAGCCCCGUGUAUGUGGGAGGAAACUACGUGGAGUCGAUGCCCACCUCUGGGCCGUCCAUGUACGGCCUCAAUCAUCUACCACACCACCAGGCUGGGAACAUGGACUACAACGGUGCCACGCAGAUGUCAGCAAGCCAACACCACGGACCGUGCGACCCCCACCCGACAUACACAGAGUUGGCAGCGCACCAUCCUUCUCAGGGUAGAAUCCAGGAAGCUCCCAAGUUAACUCAUCUGUAGUAGCAGGUUUGGGGGAAAAAAACUAAAUUACAACUACAAAUAACUAACCCAUGGGACGCUGCAAUGGGGUUGAAAAAAAAUAUGAUCCAGUGGUUUCUUGCCAUGGCCAAAAAAGUAUUGUCUGUUGUCUUUAUCAUUGUGCGUAUUAGUAACAUUCACUUGAAUUGCGUUUUGAUUAACGGUUUACUUCCUUGAAUAUGGAGCCCUCCCCUCGAAAACAAGUAAUUAAAUAGUAAUAGUUGGGCUUAAUGGACAGCUAACAAGGUGGGAGAUGUAUUACUGUCAGACCUUUUUGACUCGAUGGAACACAUGUUAUGUCAACAAGGAAUUAUGCUUAGCCUGCUUCCCUGCAGUCAGCACAAAUGGCUAAGCUUGACUGACGUCAAUAUGCAUUCUUCAAUUGGUGCAAGCAAACCACUGGAUUGUUUUAGAUUACUUCCCUUAUUCAUAUUACCUCUCUUUGGAAAUGUCUCACUAACCCACUGUCCAGUGACAUUUUUUUUUACAUGUCCUCGCCAAACAUUGUGGCUUCAAGGGAAGAGCCCCUUCAGCAUCACACAGAUGCAUAGUAGGCCUACACCCCCACUGGGUUUAUGGUGUUUGGGUUCACAUUGCUAUGCUAUGCUAGCUAACAUCCACAAACACACACAGGAGGACAUAAAAUAGGUAUUUGUUAUGUUGUUAUAUCAUCGUCACAGGGUAAAAAGGAGUUGAAAACUCUUGAAAACUAUGAUAGGCUCAUUUCCCCCUCAUCCCCUCUCUCUCUCCUCCCUCCCUCCCUCCCUACUCUCUCUCUUUUUUCUAUCACUCCCUACUCUCGCUCUCCCUACUCUCUCUUUCAAUCGAUAUGGUUCACUUACAUUAGCCAAGACUAAUGCGAAAGGCUCACAUUUUCUCAUGUCUUGACUUAACGUGGAAACAGGGUAUAUUUGAACAAAAUGCAUGUCCGGGAACCAAGCUGAAGUGUAGGUUUACACUAUAGCUUUCUCGUCUGGGCAUCAUUGUUGCACUUAGAGUUUACAUUUUGAUGGUUAAGGAAAAAAUACAUCUUAUUUCGGAAACGGAAGACCUCCAAUCAGCGUCUUUCUCAAUGUAUGUUCAAGUGAACAUUCAUAAAUAUAUAUUUAUUUGUUAUAGCCAGUUUAAAUACUUUCUUUUUGUAUUAUUUAUCCCCCAUGUAUUUAUAUCAAGAAAAAAAAUGUACUUUUUUUUAGUAUUUACCUGUUAUAAAGACGUUGUGUUCUUGUCAUUGUAAGGAAUUAAUUUUAGUUAUUGUAUUUUAGAAAUAAAUAGUUUAAUGUUACCCUUGUACAUAAAUAAUGUCUUGACUUGUACAGGGGGCGCGAGGACGGAAUCAGACCGUUCCUGCAUAGUCGAGAAUUAGACGAAAUAUAGGUAAACCCUUUUGGAGAACUUCCUUUGUCCUUUGUAGCUCCUUUUAUUUCAUUGUUAAGAGUUGUCUGUUGAACAAUUCUUUAAUAAAAUGUUAUGUUAUUCA